AUGGCCACAAUGAGCGACAAUACAACGGGGAACUCUGCCACUCCUUUGUACCGGUCCCUCCGCGGAACGGCUCUCAAUUUCAUCGAAGCCCAAGCUGUGGAUAAUAGCCUCCCCGAACGUAUGAACUUCGCGCUUCUGCGCACUCAUUGUACUCCUAACUUCCAACACUCCUGGGGCCAUAAUUACGCCGUCUCCAUCACCCCACCUCUCCAAGGGUCACACUCUUUCGAUGAUUUCGUCAAACAUCUGAAUUUCAUGUUGCCCAAGUUGGAGUCGUGGAAAGCAGAUGUCACGAACAUCAUCGUCGACCCAGUGAUGAUGAAGGUCAUGUUACGGAUCAGCUUUUGGAUGCAAGCCAAGGGAGCGAAGGAAGCGGACAAGGUAGAAAACGAUUUGUUGUGGGAGCUAGAGAUGGAAGAAGUUAGUGAGGGGAAAGUGAAAGUCAAGAGAAGCGUUGAGUUCGUGGAUGGGGCUGCGGCAGGGAGGUUGAGGGAAGUUAUGAUGGGAAUAGCGCAGGGUUAA